AUGAGUCCCUUUAGGCACGGCACAUUGCGCGCCGGCGCGAGACACUCUGUUUCCCCCCAAUCUAUUCUCCUUCCCCUCUCCGGCUUCCCCCCUCCCUCCUGCCGGCUUCCCCCCUCCCUAUGCCCUGCUUCCCCCCUCCCUCCUCCCUUCUUUCCCCCUCCCUCCGCCCCUCUCCCUCCUCCCUGCUUCCCCCCUCCCUCCUCCAUGCUUCCCCCUCCCCUCCUCCCUGCUUCCCCCCUCCCUCCUCCCUGCUUCCCCUCUCCCUCCUCCCUGCUUCCCCCCUCCCUCCGCCCUGCUUCCCCUCUCCCUCCUCCCUGCUUCCCCCCCCCUUUCCUCCCCGCUUCCCCCCUCCCUCCGCCCUGCUUCCCCCCUCCCUCCUCCCUGCUUUCCCCAUCCCUCUUCCCUGCUUCCCCCCUCCCUCCUUCCUGCUUCCCCCCCCCCUCCUCCCUGCUUCCCCCCUCCCUCCGCCCUGCUUCCCCCCUCCCUCCUCCCUGCUUCCCCCAUACCUCUUCCCUGCUUCCCCCCUCCCUUCUCCCUGCUUCCCCCCUCCCUCCUCGCUGCUUCCCCCCUCCCUAUGCCCUGCUUCCCCCCCCCAUCCCCUUCCCCAGUUCCCCCUAUUGCCUUCCCUACUUCCCUCCAUCCCCUUCCCUGCUUUCCCCCAUCCCCUUCCCUACUUCCCCUCAUCCCUUUCCCUGCUUCCCCCCAUCCCCUCCCCUCCUUCCCCCCAUCCCCUUCCCUGCUUCCCCCAAUCCCCUUCCCUCCUUCCCCCCAUCCCCUUCCCUGCUUCCCCCCAUCCCCUUCCCUCCUUCCCCCCAUCCCCUUCCCUACUCCCCCCCAUCCCCUUCCUUGCUUCCCCCCAUCCCCUUCCCUGCUUCCCCCCAUCCCCUUCCCUGCUUCCCCUCACCCCCUUCCCUGCUUCCCCCCCUCCCCUUUCCUGCUUCCCCCAUCCCCUUCCCUACUUCCCCCCAUCCCCUUCCCUGCUUACCCCCAUCCCUUUUCCAGCUUCCCCUCAUCCCCUUUCCUGCUUCCCCCAUCCCCUUCCCUGCUUCCCCCCAUCCCCUUCCCUCCUUCCCCCCAUCCCCUUUCCAGCUUCCCCCCAUCCCCUUCCCUACUUCCCCUCAUCCCCUUCCCUACUUCCCCUCAUCCCCUUCCCUGCUUCCCCCCAUCCCCUUCCCUGCUUCCCCCAAUCCCCUGCCCUGCUUCCCCCCAUCCUCUGCCCUGCUUCCCCCCUCCAUAUCCUCGGGUGAUAUCUCCCCGCACGGCAGGUCUAUCUUCUCCCUGCCCAUGUGCCCCUCCUCUCCCUGCUUUGCAUUUUCGGUGCCUCUUCCUGCAGACAGGGGAGGAACAGGAGGGGGGCAAAUGGGGAGAGAGAGAGGCCUCCCUCCUACCUACUUCCCCCUCCCUCCGCCCUGCUUCCCCCCUCCUUCUGCCAUGCUUCCCCCAUCCCUCUGCCCUGUUCCCCCCACCCUGAGCCCUGCUUACCCUUCGUUCCCUUCCUUGCUUUUCCCUAUCAACUGCCCUGCUAUCCCCCUAUCCCCCCCCCUGCUUCCCCCCAUCCCUCUUUCUCUGCUUCUCCCCUUCUCAACCCUUCCCUUUCCUUUCAUGCAGUCCCCUCCCCCCUCACUCCUCACCUUCCACCCUCAAGUUCCCAUGCAUGUGCACCCAUCAUUGUCUCGCCAUACAUGCUUUCAUCAUGUUCGCUUGCUUGUAUCCCCUUGCAGUUGUUCCCUCGCACCUCACACCACCUCCCCCAUGUUUCUUCACACAAUUCUUUCUGCCUACUCCGCUCUCUGA